GUUAAGAACACCUUCCCCGGCGCGGAAAAAAGGAAGCGAAGAACGCCUUGGCAGAAAACUUAAUUAGGGUUUCCAAUUUCCCAAUCGAACGAUUCGCCCAAUUCGGGUUCGAGAUUCAUAGUCCCUGCAAUUAUGGUGAGCCCGAGCGCCGUAGAGGUGGCCAAGACGGUGCUGGAGGUUGCCGAUGUGGCUUGGACUGCCGUGGAAUGCAGUCACCAUCUCCGCCACCACGGCAAUUCUGACAGUUCAUCAAACGAAAACGAUGAAAAUUUGGAGUCACUUCGAUCCGAAAAUCGGCGCCUGAGGAGUUUGCUAGAGAAGAAUUUGGUGUUGCUUCACAAGCUUUCUCAAUCACCUUCAUUCUUGAAUGAUUGUCCUCCAGACCUGCAAGGUCGAUUAGUUGAUACCUUGAGGUCUGAUGAGUACCUGACGCAGCUUAAGCGCCUCCAACGAUGUUGUAUUGAUGGAGGCAAUGAAUUUCCUUUUAAGGAGGCCACAGAGCUUGAUUAUCAGUCUGUGGAUAUUUUGAUCAGUGUUGAUUCUGAAGAACCGAGCUGGUGGGUGUGGGUCAAAGAUGAAGUCGAACUGAGCAAUGUUGAGGAAUGGAGUGGAAUUGACGAUGAAAAUUACGUAGUCAUUGGUGAGGAACAUGUGGUAGAUGGAGUUGCCAACUUUAUGGCUAAGUGCAUUCUGUCAAACCCGAAAGCUCGAAAUUUGUCACCAGAGGAACUACGGAAAACUUUAUUGAAGGCAUUGGGUGGCGUAAGCAAACUGGAAAGGGUAAUAGAUAUUUGGCAUGCAGGGAAGAUGUUUUAUGCACUGUCUACCUGGGGACUAGCUUUGGCUGGAUUGUACAAAAGCCGUGCGGUUUUAAGACUUGCUGCUAAGGGUAUUCAUACUGGCGGUAAACUAGCUCUCAGGGCUCUUUGAAGUGGAGGUUCCAUGGCCAUGUCAAAUGUAAAAAUGUAUACAUGGAACUCAUAGUGCCUUGCUAGUUGCUAGAGUAUGAACUUGAUAAUUCUUCUUACAAGUAUUAAUACUUGUAAAUAACAUUGAUAAAGUCAGUUGGCUUCUGGAACUGCUGAAUUGGUUGAUUGGAUUGAACAUCUGGUUUCUGCAUGAUAAUGCUAAGCCUGGAUUUGUAGA